AUGGCCGAUCCUGCAUUGAUGAUCUCUGUCGCAAGCUUGACACCAUCUGAUCGUGAGGGAUUCCUCACCAAACAAGGUGGUGCCAUCAAGACUUGGAAGCGACGUUGGUUCGUUCUCAAGGGCAAGAAGUUGUACUACUUUAAGAACAAGACUGAUCUAGAAGCAACUGGUAUGAUUGAGUUUGAACCAGACUCAUUCGUAAAGGAUGAAAGAGACAAGGAUAAGAAGAAGAAGUUCAUGUUCUCGUUGGGCACAUCAAAGAGAAUCUUCUUGAUCUACGCAGAGUCAGAGACAGACAUGAAGCAGUGGAUCGAAGCGAUCAGACGUAAUAUGGGCGAUAGCUCCACUGCCACCUCAUCAAGCAGCGCCAUCACCACCUCGCCACGCAUGCAAAACACACCUGUAGAGUCUGGCCAACGUGCUCAGGCACAAGAUAAGGCACCCAACCCAACAUCUCCACGUUCAAAGAUUGCCACUGCAAAGGCUACUAUCCCAUUCUUGAGAGAUGAUGAUUCAAACAAGGUAUUGGAGUUCUGGCAGAUUUGGUCCGAGUCUAUCCCACCUCAGGUGGACUUGCAGGGAGGUAACUCAAUCGAGUUCCAUGUGGCAACCUCGAUUGACAUGCAGAAGCUGACGUGGAGGACUGCUGGUCCACAGAGUAUAUUCAUCCAAAAGAUGGUGGACUUUUUCUGGAACGUCGGUGCACCAGAGACAGAGAUCGACAGGCUCAACGACGUCGGCGCGCUCAUCAACCCCGUCAAGAUCGGUUCAUGGAUCGACAUGUCUGACAAGGGUGGUAUGGACGGUGGUUGGUACUUCCCAGUUGACAUUCCUCUCAAGUUAGCUAUUGAGUCUGCAGAUGUUGGUGAACCAACCAAAGUAUUGUCAACAUGGGCAGAGGCGAAUGAUGUUGCCAGUUGCUAUAGUGUAGGAAGGGAUAUGGGAGCAGCACCACCUAGACAGACAGAGAUUCGUCUUAAGCUACCUGGAACAGACUUUAUCGACCAACUUAACUUGGCAGUUGGAGCAUUCCAGACAUUCCAAUUCCCAGCCAUUCCAGAACCAGCAUUGGAGCUACUACGCUCAAGCGCCUCAGAGAUCAGCGGCGGACUCUGUCUGAGUGUGAUCACCUCGAGCGAGGGAUUCGUUCGUCUUGGUCUGCUAAUCCCCAAGCCAUCGCGAGAGCUCACCAACAAGAUUUGCGAGUACGGUUCAGCGCCCAAGGACAAGCUGACCAAGUUUGAGCAGCAAUUGGGCGUUGCCACACCAGCCUUUGUCGAGUACCAAUAUCUCCAGAAGGGUUUCGGAUAUACUGUAUACAAAGAGGGUUUCGACAUUGUGCUCCAUUACUAUGUGGGCGACGAUCAAUCAGAUUAA